CUUUUCGUAAAGCACUGGGCACGCGUAGUGAUCAAUAUGUCCACGUGAUCUGUCGUCAGUCGACUCGCGUAAUUGCAAAUGCAAAAUGUACAGGAAAGAAACGUUUGUGUUACAAUGAAAUCAUAAAUAUUUUGUUAUUGUAAGUUGUAGUGUGGUAGUUUUAAAAUGCCUGCGUCUAUUGGUGUCAAUUUACGUGUAACUGGCCACUGCAGCCAAGGCGGGAGAAAGUAUAUGGAAGACUUGUUUUCCGUUGCUUAUCAACAAACUGAAGACGAGAGAGACUUGGAGUAUGCUUUCUUUGGAAUAUAUGAUGGCCAUGGCGGAAGCGAGGCUGCAGCCUUUGCGAAGGAGCAUUUGAUGGACUCUAUCGUGAAGCAGAGGCAGUUCUGGUCGGACAACGAUGAGGAUGUACUCAAAGCAAUCAGAAAUGGUUACAUGUUGACCCACUUGAACAUGUGGAAAGAGUUAGAGAAAUGGCCAAAAACUGUAACAGGGUUACCAAGCACUGCAGGUACUACAGCAAGCAUAGCUUUUAUACGCCGUGGGAAAAUAUAUAUUGGACAUGUUGGGGAUUCCGCUAUUGUCCUUGGUUACCAGAAAGAUGGUUGUGAGGAGUGGGCUGCAAAACCAUUGACAUCAGACCACAAACCAGAAUCCACAACUGAAAUAGAGCGCAUCCAAAGAUGUGGUGGGAAGGUUGUCUCAAAGGCAGGAGUCCCACGAGUUGUGUGGAACAGGCCACGAUUAGGUCACAAGGGUCCUAUCAAGAAGAAUACACCUAUGGAUGAGAUUCCAUUUCUAGCAGUAGCGAGGUCACUUGGUGACCUCUGGAGCUACAACCCUCAAAAUGAUGAAUUUAUAGUCAGUCCUGACCCCGAUGUAGGUGUAUUGACUAUAGAUCCGUCCAAAUUUCGAUGUCUGAUUUUCGGCACUGAUGGCUUGUGGAACAUGAUCUCACCAGAGGGCGCCGUCAGCUUAGUUCAGGCCACAGAACGGCACAAUGAAGCCGCUCUCGUCGGUGGAAACGGAAACCAACCAAGGGACUGGUUAAACCCUUCCAAAAGUCUAGUAGACCAUGCUCUGGAGAGAUGGUCCAACACCAGAAUGCGCGCGGACAACACGUCGGUGGUGACGUUGAUGCUGGACCCGCCUGGGCCGCCGCGUGCCACCGUCCUGCGCUCCCGCAGCAGCGCGCAGCGGCCGCAGCAGGCCGCCGCCCCCGCGCCCGCGCCCGCCGCGCGCCCCGACCCGCAGCCCGGCGCCGUGCCACAGAACGGGCUCACCAUCAUGACGCGCUACUCGGACGCGGAGCGUGCCGCGGCCCCGGCCGCCGCCCCCGCCGCUCCGGCAGCGCCCGAGACUCCCCUGCCGCCCUGCGCCACGCUGGACACACGCUUGUCUACACCGGCGCCAGAUGACACUCCGCCGCGCGAUUCAUCGGAUACUGAAGACAGUGAUACAAUGGUGAAUUACGGAAAUCCUGCUGAAUCAUAUUUCAUGGCCCGGCUUCUGAAUCGGACACGCGUUAUCAAUACUCUGUCGGCUGUCCACGAUGAAAUUUCCGGCAGCCCGGUACAGCGAGAACCCUCGGAAUCUCGCGAGCCCGCGGCCGCCUCGGCUACCAUAGUGCCCGAAGUCGAUGCAGAAUCUGACGCGUCCACUGCCAACCGUCCUCCUCUUCCGCCCCGCACGGCCUCCAGUGAAUCUUCUACGCCCGCUUCAGAAUCUGGAAAUACAUCAGAUGAUGACGGUGGCAUACAAAUCAACGAAGUUUCUUCGAGUUCACCGACAGAGAGUCCACCAAAACCUCGUGGGCGUCGGCCCCGCACAGAAGUAAAGAGGGAGCCGUCAGCCGGAGCCCCCGACCGGGUUCUGCGCUCCCACCACGAGCCCGAGCCCCCGCAGCGUCCCCAUACGCGCCAGGCAACGCGCGCGCGCCCCGCCUCUACCCCUGCGUCUACCCCCGCCCCGGCGCAGCCACUCGACCGCGUCGUUAUCAUCACCAGGCGAGCACCCGCGGCGCCGGUAACUCCAGCUACCCCGCCGCCGCCGAGACCCGACCGUCUGGCGGCCGGGGACAGCAAACCCGCUGGGAGACGUAUCGCUCCAGCACCUGUGGAAACCGUGACCACCGAGGAAGAUGCCAAGAGGAACGGUACCCGUGCUACUCGAUCCCAAGGCACCCCAGGCGUAACACCUUUGGCACAAAAGAUCACCCGCAGCAUCGGGCUGUACGCUCGCGAGCUGCGAGGCGCGGCGGCGGCGGCCGCGGCUGCGGCAGGCGCGCGGGCGGGAAACUCGGCGCGCGCCCCGGGCCCGGCGCGGCGGGCUCCGGCGGCGCGCCGCCCGCCCCCCGACCGCUCCAAGGAGAACCUCGGCGCCGCGAGGGGCCGCGCGCGCGCCCGCGCCGCUCCCGCCGCCUCGCCGCCCCCGUCUCACCCGCUCCCCUCGCACCCGUCGCCCCCCUCGCCGCCCCGCCCGCGAACAAGACGCGCGGAUAGUGCACGCGACGACUCCGAAGUACACUCCACCACCACAGAACCGCCCCCGCCGUCGGCAUGCGCCGGCGCACCCGCCCCCUCAGCUCUCGCCAGACCACGAGCGUUACGCUCGCGUAACGACGCUGCAGAGCCUGUGCGCUCCGUGCGCGAUCAAGGAGCCUGCAAGCGCACGCGGUGCGGUGACGACGGUGGCGGUGGCGCGAGUAAGACCGCGCGGCUGGCCCCUGAGCGCUGCGCGCGGGCGCUGGGCAAGCGAGCGACGGGCCCGUGGGCGCCGGCACUAGCGCUACGUAACCGCUUGCGCCGACGGUUGGCUAAGUAGCGCGGCUGAGCAUAGCAUUCCCGCGCUCUUGGUCCGAUGUCGGAUCCAAAGAUGACUGCGUCGUAUACGGUUGAUUUUUCUGUUGUUGUUUUUUUAUUAUUUUUAUCGCCGUCUCGGGAGUCGCCGCAGGCGGCGGCUAGGCAAUAGGUAGUUCACUGAGUUGGGUGACUCUGUCCGUGGACCGCUCGGGGCGGCCACAACCACGGUGCCUCGCCGGGGUCGCUGGUCGCCGUCGACGUUAAACAAUAGUACAAAGGUAUAUUCUAUAUUUAACGUGUAAGUAUCCGUGUGGACCAGGAGGAUUUUAUUAGCCCUAGUAGAUAUUUAUUUUCUCUAUAUUUAUAGCUUCUAUCAUAAUGCAUUUAACCGUAGGCGAAAUGUGAAUCUGAUCUUCUUUGUUGAGACGUUGAGUCAGAGGCUACGUAGUAACUUUCAGAUAGAUAAUCUGCCUUAUAAAGCGAGAGUACAACAUGUUAAAGUUUUUAUAAAUAUUUUAUAGGAUCACAUUUUUGAAACUCAAGUUUUAAGCAAUAAAGCCUUCUCAUCAGAGACUCAGUUGAUGUAAAAUUGCGAGUCACCAUAGUAUAAUUGACUAUAUAUAAGUAUCACCCGAGCAUGUGGCACUUUAGCUUUACACUGCAGUAUUUGAUGUAAUAGAGUGAUAUCCGUUUAUAAAUACACUACAUUUUAGACAAAUACAAAUUUUGACUACUUGUUAAUAUACUGAUAGUAUACAUAUUUAUAUAAAUUCUUUAUUAUAUUACCUAAUCGGAACUAUACCAAGAGUGCUUUCUCGAAAUAUAACGUUAAUUAAGAGUGCUAUAACUAAUUAUUAUGGAAUAAUUAUGUACAGACAAAUUUAUUGUACAGUUAACACCAAAAUUAUUUGUUUAAAUUGUGCUAAUAUGUAUUUUAUAUGAAAAAUUAGCUAGAUAUUGGUGAAGUUAUUCUUUUCGGAAAAGAAUUGUUUUAUGUACUUCCUAAUUAGGCUUUAUUGAUUUUGGGACACCCUGCUGAUUGUUGUUACUCGUGCCGGUAUAGUUAAUUGUGACAGAGCUCAAACGAGCGACAGUAAGUUUGUGUACACUGCGAACAUAUCUGUAGCAUUAAAUAGUUGUAGAAACACACAAAAGUGUAGCACGACAUUUCUGUUAAUGAUAAGUUGUUGGUGCAUGAACACAUUUUAGUUUAUUCGUUCAUCGAUCUCUCCUCAUAGUUAUCCAUUUGUUAAAUAUUCUUACACUAUCCAUCUCCACUUUAAAUUUAAUUAUCGAAAUAAUGUGAUUAUGAAACCAUUGAUUUAUUUAAAAACCAAAAAAGGUUUUGCGUGAAUGCUACUUUGUUGACACUGUAAAAUAUUAUGGAAAUAUUUUUUUAAAGGCGACAUAGAUGAUUUGAAUAGAUGUACCUAAGAAUGGACUGAAGAUGUAAUGUUAAGUUAAGAGUCCAAGUUAUGUACAUAUUAAUAUAAAUAAAUAAAAGUAAUAGUGCCUCAUUUGUUACCGAUUUAACAAAUACAUAGGUAAAAGUGUUCUUUCAUAUAUUGAGAUAUGUAUUUUUAUUGAAAAUAAAUUUAUGCAUUGUAAUUUAGCUGUAAAAGAGGAUUUAAUAUAAUUUGUUAAGCUAAUUGUGUAAAGAUUUUUAAGAUUGGCAGUCUGUCGCUUAUAUCGCGAAAUCAAGAAGUUUUGUUUAGUUACUGAGUUAUGUUUGCGAGAGCAGUUAUAGUGCUGUAAGGGACAGAGUGUCAACACGUGAAAAAUUGGUAACAAUUUUGUAACUUGGAGGGUAUCAAUGCCUUGGUGAUGUGGCCGUAAUCAAACCACUGGGAUUAUGGCAAAUAAAUUGCUAACAAUUUAGAUUGAGAUGCUAAAACAAAUGUUAUUACUAUACAUACUUGAAAGUAAAAGGAUUAUUGUAGAUUUUAUUUUUUGAUUUAAAUAAAGUUUGUAUGAAAUAGA